CCUGGAGCUGUUGCCGGGGCAUCGUUUCUCGCUGGCGCCGGAGGGCGGGGCCAGGGGGCCCUACCGCGGCAGCCUCCAGGCGCGCCAGGUGGCAGCCAUGAGCAGUUCCCUCGAUUUCAUGGCGGUGCAUCAAGUCACGGGGCCGGCUGGGGCAGUCACCCUCCGUAUCUCGCAGCGGUACCUGGUCGGCGAGCUGCACCGGGUCGUAGAGGAGUCAGCGCGGGGCCCCGCCGCGCCAGGGCGCCGAGCGCCGCGCCGGGAUCUGCGCCUCCCUCCGACGAGCGGCGGUGCGAGGCCCUUCUCGCAAGCCCCAGUCCGCCCACUUGCCAUGACAGAUCCAGCGGGCGAGGACCUGCCUCCCACCCAGCCGUAUCCGUCGCAGGACCCCAGACGAUCAGACCUGCUCCGCGCGAUGCCGGCGACGACCUGCCCCCCACCCAGCGGUAUCCGUCGGUGGUCCUGGGUUCCGACCCUGCGCUGCAUGGGGGAACGGAGGCCCCGCUCGCGCCGCCUGGUAUGCGCUCUCGAUCGCGGUCGCCCGCCCGACAGCGCGAGCCGGCCAGGAGCGCGGGGGGCAGUCCGUCUGCGGCCCCGAUAUGGGCCAACCGGCCCCCGUCUUCCACGCGGCCGCCCAGCGGGCCUUGGAGGAUCCACCCCGACAUCCCGGACGUGGUGGCAACGCUCAGUUUUGUGCAGCCGAACCACAUGAGCGCCGUCGCAAGGAUCGUGCAGCCGAGGCCCGACCUGAGCCUCGAUCGCCUCGGCGGCCUGCGCAACCAGAGUGGGCAGUCGGUCAUGCUUUUUGCAGGCAAUCGGCGCGACGGAGCCACCGGCAGGCUGUGCAUCCCUGGCAGCGGCAGCGGCAGGCCGAACUUCCCCCCACUCAACGCCAGGAUCUGCGCCAUGAUUGAUUGGAGCCGGACGCCAGCAGCACCGGAUAAGGCCGUACCCACUGUCGCCUGGUGGGUGCACGGGGAGGCCCCGGCAGAUCCCACGAGGGCCGCGCCCGUCUCCCGGUUCACGCUGCACAGCUGGCCGUGA